AUGACGUCUGCUUCAGGUGUCUCGAUUGAUCAAGAUUGCAUCACAGCAGCCAAUGCUCUUCACUUCUCCAAAGGCCCCGAUAAAAUUAAAUUCAUCAUUUUCAAGAUCACCGACGACGAACAAAAUGUCACAGUUGAAGAAACUAGCUCUGAAACAGAAUACGAAAUCUUUCGUCAGAAACUGCUUUCUAGUGUUGACAAGACUGGAAGACCCUCACCACUAUACGCAGUCUACGAUGUGGAUUAUGAUCUUGGAGAUGAUGGAAAGAGGCAAGUCUAA